AUGCCUAUUCUACAAGCUGACAACGACAUGGAGGAAUGGAUUCAAUCAUGCACCCUAACAGGUGAGGCUCUUUCCCUUAUCUAUCUUGGUCAUCUUCCGACCUUGUUAACCAUUUAUAGUGACAUCGUGGUGAAUGUUAAGAAAGAAAUGGAAGAAGGAAUGAUACUAAAGGAUACCACAAUAUCACUGUCACCUGUCUGGGCUGAACCAUCGACUAAGGAAAGGCUGACGUCAUCCAUACCUGAGGCUGUUGUGGUGCCUCCGAAAUCAGCUCCAAUAUCGAAUUCGACAUCAGAAAGGGUUUCAGCUCGUGAAAUUCCUACCAACGAAGAAGGGGAAGAGUCACAAGGGAACAAAAAAGAACUUAAUGUCAUGUGGAAUAUCGAAUUUGGGACACGUUCUUCAUAUUUGAUUACAAGUCACGUACAGCCUCUUAAGUAUGAUGAAUCUGAAAUCACGAUUGCAAUCGAGAAUUUGAUUGGGUUUGAAAUUCACGCUAAGAACCCAUUGUUGGUUGAAAUUCUGGAGGUACCUGGUGAGAAUAAUGGUGCUUAA